GCAACUCAGGGGCUUCUCACAUCCCCGAGCGACCGACGUCUGCCGCCAGUUGGGAACCUUCAGUGUUAAAAAGUGUUUGUGUUGAGACCUGCUUCUGAUUGGCGAGAGAAGAUGCGCGUGGCACUCACAUUCCUCUUGGUGGCACUGGCAGGCGUGGCCCUCGGAAAACUGGCUCCCCUCGAGAGGCCUUACAAGAUCCUCAUGCUCCUGCCUGUAGGGUCAAAGAGCCACAAGAACUUCUUCACGAGCGUUGCUGACGCCUUGGGCGAACGGGGCCAUAAGGUGGUGAUGCUGUCCAGUUAUCCUGCGUCCUCCAAGAAUCCCAACGUCACAGAGAUCGACCACGAACUCAAGGACUUGCACGAUGACAACUAUAACAUAUUCGAAUCCCGUGAUGAUCCUACCGGAGGAUUUUCUCUCCUGUCGGAGAUCCUUCCGGCUGUGGUCAAGAAGCUUUACAGAAUCCCAGAAGUAAUGGAGUUGUAUGAAAAGAGGAAAACGUUUGACCUCAUUAUUGUAGACCACAUGAUGAAUGAGAUGAUCUACCCGUUCGUGCACGAACUAACGUACAUGACAAUAUCGGCUUCGAGACCAGUGCACAGCGCCGUCUGGGAAAGUCCAGACCCGGCUAGUGUCUGUGAUACUGGAGAUACCCGAGUCCACUCAGCGAAGCACGUAUCCGACCUGAUGCAGCCAUUUAUGCCGUCUUACUUGAGGCAUGGGUCUCUUGUGCCUAUAAUGCAGCCAAAUUCCACUUGAAUCUUGACCUUGCAGAUCUCGGACAUCUUCCCGGACCUUCCGCCGCUGCUGGACAUCGAGCGCAACCAGAGCCUGACGCUGAUCAACUCGCACUUCUCGAUAGACGUUGCGCUUCCUCUGCUGCCGUCGCAGGUGCCGGUGGGCGCCGUCCACUGCCGCCCUGCCAAGCCUCUUCCGAAGGACCUGGAAACCUGGAUCUCCGGCGCAGGACCAGAGGGCGUCGUGUACUUCAGCCUGGGAACCGUUGUCCGUGGUAACUCCAUGCCAGUCGUGUACCGCGACAUGUUUAUCGAAGCUUUCAGGAGGCUGAAGCAGAGAGUCAUUUGGAAGUACGAGGAAGAGCUGGAGGGCAUCUCGGACAACGUGCUGAUACAGAAGUGGCUUCCGCAGCAAGAUGUAUUAGGACAUCCCAACGUAAGACUUUUCAUCUCUCACGGAGGCCUUCUCAGCACCCAAGAAUCCCUGUACCACGCCACGCCCGUCAUUGCUCUGCCCGUCUUCGCGGACCAGCCUAAGAACGCGAUGGCAAUCCAAAAGCGUGGCGCUGGCGUCGCCCUAGUGUGGGAGGAACUCUCCGUCGAUCUGAUCGUUAACUCAAUUCAGGAAGUUAUGAAUAACCCCAAGUACAAAAGGAACGCCGAAGAGGUGAUGAGCGUGGUGCGGGACCAGCCGGAGACGCCGAGGGAGCGCGCCGUGUUCUGGACCGAGUACGUGGUCCGCCACCAGGGAGCGCCCCGCCUGAGGAGCCCGGCGGCGAAGCUCUCGUGGGUCGAGUUCCUCAUGCUCGACGUCCUGCUGGUGCUCCACGUCGCCGUGUACGUCGCCUUCUGCGUUCUGUCGCGGAUUAUUAGGGCGGUGAAAGGGAAGCUCUUUUCGCGCAAUGUGAAGAAGAGGAAGAGGGACUGAGCGUUAUUUUAAUGCAUUUUUGUCAAAUAUU